AUGUUCACCACUAGCCAAUUAUUUUUCGCCUUGUCUUGCCUCGCCUUCUCAAAAGCAGGAUUUUUGGGUGGUGGGUAUGAGGAGAGUUAUGGCGGUGGAUAUGGUGGUGGACUCGAGUUACACGGAGGAUACGAAGGUGGUCAUGAUGAUGGAGGACACGCUGAUUACUAUGUAAGUGAACUAAGUUUUUACCUACCACUAAAUAUUAGUGGUAUGAUUACUGCUGUAGGGUGA